AUGACUUCCAUCGGUAAGAAAAAAGGUGAAAAGAGAAGAUUUGAAAAUGAUACUUUAAAUGAAACAACACAACAACCAUUGAAAAGUGAAAAGAAACGAAAGAAAGAAAAGAAGAAAGAUAAAAAGUCCAAGAAAAGUAAGAAGAUUAAAACUUUAGAGGGUAAACUUGAGCCAGUUGACGAAACCAUAGAUAUAGCAGAAGUUAAAAAAUUUUUAAAGGAUGAACCAAAAUAUUCUUAUUUAAAUAUUAUACAAAUUGAGCAUGCAGCCACAAAAUUUAUUGAGAUGUACAAAAAAAUUUUGGAUAUAUCACCUACUUUGGGAUCAUAUCAAAAUUUGGUGAAAAACAAGGCAAAGCUUGAUUUGGAUAUAGUCCCUUCUUUAUCAAGAUACAUGCUUAAGGUAGCUGCUGAGUUGAAAACUCUGUAUAUUUUAAAAAAAGAUCCAGUUUUACAAAAGCUUCCGAAUUUUGAAGAAAAUUUCAAUCCAAAUAAUAAUGAUAAUCCAAUACUCCCAGGAAUUUUAAAUAAUGAUGUUCAGUUAUUAAUAAACUUACUUGAUGAGAAUGAUUCUCAGGAUAUAAAAGAAUCAUCAAAUGUGAAUAAGAAAGAAAAAGUCUUUACCAAAAAUGAAUCAUUAUCUUGGCCACCACCAAUUCCUGAGAUUAGAAACCCUACUAUUAGAGCACGUGUCUUUACUCAUAAGUCAUUGGUUAAAAAUAAGAAUUUUUUAUCAGAAAAUGCUAAACUUAACUCACAUAAUGAAAUGUUAGAAUUUCUUGGUGACGCAGCUUUAUACUUUGCCGUUACUAGAAUUAUUUAUAAAAAAUUUCCAUAUUUUGAUGACGGUCAACUAACUGAAUUAAGAAUCCAAUUGGUUAAUAAUGAAAGACUGAAAAAAUUCUCUUUAGCAUAUGGUUUGAGAGAUAAAUUGAAAUGUGGUCCAGGGUUAUUAAAUGAUGAUACCUAUAAACAUGGCAAGAGAAAAUUGGAGGCAGAUGUAUUUGAAGCCUAUAUCGGAGGGCUUGUUGAAGAUAAUCCAACAAAUUAUGCAGAACUGAUUGAGAAUUGGUUAGAAAAAUUAAUGGAACCAACUAUAAAAGAAUUAACUGCCACUAACAUUAAAUUACAGAGUCCAGAAACUACUAAUCUUGAUGCAAAAAGACAAUUAUAUUCUCUUAUUGGAUACGCUGCAUUAGGGUUGUCAUAUCGUGUAAUUAAGCGUAGAACUCCCGAUGAUCCAUCAUUUGUUGUGGAAUGUAGAAUAGCUGAUGGUACGGUGUUAGGUAUUGGUAGAGGGAAAAAUGUUAAAGUUGCUGGUUCCAAAGCUGCAGAAAGUGUUCUUGCUAAUAAAGCGCUGGUAGAAGAAUACGCAAACAAGCGUGCAGCCAUCCCGAGAUCACAGACAAUCAUAAGUCUUAAUAAAUCUAAUAAAGUAGUUAAUUCUCCUAAAGAUACUGGGAAGAAUAGUGUUGGGUUGACGGAAAGCAAUGAUAGGCAAAUAGUAAUGGGGGAAGCUGGAGAAUUAAUUUUGAAAUAA